AUGGUUAACGUAUUUAAUCCACAAAUUUUUUUCAUCGUUUUCAGAGAAUCUUUGGAGGCAAUUGUUGUUGUUUCUGUCUUAUUAGCUUUCGUUAAACAAGGUUUAGGAGGAAAUGAUCCAAAAGUUUCAAAGAAAUUAACUCGACAAAUUUGGUUGGGUUCCAUUCUAGGAGUCGUUGUCUGUCUUAUUUUAGGUUGUGCAUUUAUUGGUGCUUUCUACGGUUUAGGUAAAGAUAUUUGGUCCAAAUCUGAAGAUUUAUGGGAAGGUGUUUUCUGUAUCAUUGCAACUGUUUUAAUUUCAAUGAUGGGUAUUGCCAUGUUAAGAAUUAAUAAAAUGAAAGCUAAAUGGAGAGUUAAAUUAGCCAAAGCUAUCUUAUCUGAAAAGAAAGGUAGAUUUAGUCUUGGUCAUUACACUCAAAAAUACGCUAUGUUCAUUUUACCUUUCAUUACUUGUUUAAGAGAAGGUUUAGAAGCUGUUGUUUUCGUUGGUGGUGUUGGUUUAAAUCAACCAGCUACUUCUUUCCCAAUUCCAGUUAUUACUGGUUUAAUUGCUGGGGUUGUUGUUGGUUUAUUAUUAUACUACUUCGGUUCAACAAUUUCCUUACAAAUUUUCUUAAUUGUUUCCACUUCUAUCUUAUAUUUAAUUGCUGCAGGUUUAUUCUCAAGAGGUAUUUGGUAUUUCGAAACUUAUGUCUUUAAUCAAGCUACUGGUGGUGAUGCUUCAGAAAAUGGUUCAGGUCCAGGUACUUACAAUAUUAAGAAAUCUGUUUGGCACGUUAACUGUUGUAAUCCAGAAACUGAUAAUGGUUGGGAUGUUUUCAAUGCUUUAUUAGGAUGGCAAAAUUCUGCUACCUAUGGUAGUGUUAUUUCUUAUAACAUUUAUUGGUUAGUUUUAAUCAUUACUAUUGCUUUAAUGUUAUACCAAGAAAAGACUGGUCACUUACCUUUCACCAAGAACUUAACUUUGAACAAAUUGAAUCCUAUGUAUUAUAUCAAAGGAAAGAAGAAGAAUGAAUUAUCUGAAAAAGAACAAAAUGAAUUAUUCGAAAGAGUCAAGAACCAAAAAUUAGAUUCAAAUGAAUCAGAAUCAGUUGAAAAAGCUGUUGAAAAAUCAACUAAAGAAUCACAAAAAGCUGAAGAACUUUCUAAUUAA